AUGGCACCGCCACAAAACGGAUCUAACCUAACGGUGAACUUUACAAAUCAGUUCGUGCAGCCGCCGUGGCGCGUCGCGCUCUGGUCGGUGGCGUACAGCUCUAUCCUCGCGGUCGCGGUGUUCGGGAAUCUCAUCGUGAUGUGGAUCAUUCUGGCACACAAACGGAUGCGAACUGUCACCAAUUACUUUCUGCUCAACCUGGCGUUUUCGGACGCGUCGAUGGCAGCCUUCAAUACUUUGAUCAAUUUUGUUUAUGCCACGCACGGUGACUGGUACUUUGGUGAAUCCUACUGCAAAUUUCACAACUUUUUCCCCGUCACCUCCGUGUUUGCGAGCAUUUACUCUAUGAGUGCCAUAGCUGUCGACAGGUACAUGGCCAUCAUUCAUCCCCUGAAACCACGUCUCUCAGCCACAGCCACUAAGGUGAUCAUUGUGUGUAUCUGGGUGCUGGCAGUGGUUUUGGCCUUUCCCCUCUGUUUCUUUUCAACCAUCAAAAAAUUACCCAAGCGGACCCUUUGCUACGUUGCCUGGCCCAGACCUGCAGAAGACCCUUUCAUGUAUCAUAUCAUAGUGGCAAUGCUGGUAUACAUUCUGCCACUUGUGGUGAUGGGUAUUACCUACACUAUCGUUGGGUUGAUGCUAUGGGGAGGAGAAAUACCUGGUGACUCCUCAGACAACUACCAGGGCCAGCUGCGAGCCAAGCGGAAGGUGGUGAAAAUGAUGAUCAUCGUGGUGGUGACCUUUGCUAUCUGCUGGUUGCCAUACCACAUAUAUUUCCUUGUUACUGGCCUGAACAAGCAACUGGUUAGAUGGAAGUUCAUUCAGCAGAUCUACCUGUCAGUCAUGUGGCUUGCCAUGAGCUCCACCAUGUACAACCCCAUUAUCUACUGCUGCCUGAAUAGCAGGUUCCGGGCUGGCUUUAAACGCGUGUUCCGCUGGUGCCCAUUUGUGCGAGUGUCUGACUAUGAUGAGCUCGAGCUCCGAGCCAUGCGGCUCAAAGUAGUGCGUCAGAGCAGCAUGUACACGCUCUCACGAAUGGAGACCUCCGUUGUCACUGUGUGCGACCCCUCAGAGCCUUCUGCCCACCCAGCCCGGAAGAGCCUUCACAACCACCAGCACAAUGGCUGCUCUAACCCUGCUAAGAGCAAAGAAGUGACAUAUACACAAAGUGACCCGAAGGAGGAAUUCUGCUGAGAUGGACUUUGAUAUCAAGGAAAAUUUUAUUCUUUAUGGUAUGACCCCUUGAAGAAAUGUGUUUUAUGGAAGAUGUCAGGGUGUUUUGACAUUGUGAAGAGCCAUUGUAACCGGUCCCUGCUCGACUCGCUCCAAGCAUGAUGUUAACCACCAUCUCCAGCAUGGGAGGCAGGCGUGCUGAGGAGGAGGCUAAAGGCUACAAUCUCUAGCGUCAGUACACAUACCGCACAGAUACCAUGUACCAGCUGGCUCCCGUUAAACCACCAUCAGCCCUCAUCAUGCCAAAGACCAACAUGGUCCUGCAUCCAAAGAGCACUUUGUCCAGACCAGGCAUGCACAAAGAGGUUGUUCUCUUUAAUCGUAUGGUUAUAACAAGGUUAGCAUGCUGCAUAAAUUAGACAGUAUCUUGUGUUCAGACUGACCUUAAUUCCUGUGCAUGUAAAUGAGUAGGUUGCAUCUCCAGGACACCAGCUCUUUGGUUGAUUUGUGAAAAUCUUUUUGGUGUGAUGUGAAAUUUAUGAGUCGUCAAGUGAUUAUUCAAGCUUUUCCUAUUGUAGUUUAAUGAAUCUCACACAAAAGGUGCACACAAAAUCAAAAGAAUAUUAAAUUUGUUCUUUGAUGUUCUUUAAAACAAAGCACGAUUGGCAUUUUGAGGCCUGGUUUCUCGUCACGUAUCAACUCUUUUAAACACUUGCA